AUGGCGUCUCUCGCUCCCGGAAUCCUCCUCAAACUCCUUCAAUGCAUGAACUCCGGUACACGAGCCACCGGAGACCAUAGAUCCGCAACCUUACAAGUCACCGGAAUAGUCCCAGCUCUCGCCGGCUCCGAUCUAUGGCCUAAUCAAGGCUUCUACGUUCAAAUCUCCGAUUCUCUAAACUCCACCUACGUUUCUCUCUCCGAACGCGACACAGAUCUCAUCCUCACUAACCGUCUCCAGCUCGGCCAGUUUAUCUACCUCGACCGCCUCGAAUUCUCUACCCCAGUCCCACGCGCCGCCGGAAUCCGCCCCGUCGCUGGCCGUCACGCUUUCGUCGGAACACCAGAGCCGUUAAUCGCACGAGUGUCUCCUGGAUCUAAACGCGAUUUCGUAAUCCAACCAGUUUCGGAAUCUGAGUACUCGCUUGAUCCAAUCGCUGUUUACUUGAAUAACAACCGAUUCGAUAACGACGAUGGCGAUGUUGAUGUCGUCACGGUGGUUCAGAAACCUAGUGGGAGACAAGCGCUUGCUCCGGUGAACCAAAACGAAGAGAAUCGAAAUCAGAGACCUAAACAAACACCACAGAGAUUUUCGUCACCGGCUUCGUCUAAGCAACGGUCAAUUUCGUCGGGGAAGAAGAGCAACACUAACGGUGCAGUGGCGGUGGAGAGAGAUCCGUCACCGGCGAUUUCCGGGAAAGGGAGAAGAUCUGCAUCUCCAGUUCCGUCGAAAUGCGUGGUGCCAAGUCUUGCGGCGGCGCGUGAGGACAAUCGAAAGGUUGCUAGAGAGCCUGCGAUUGUUGUGCCUUCGAGGUAUAGACAACCAUCACCUAAUGGAAGGAAGGUGAAUCCGUCUCCUAACGGGAGAAGAAUGUCGAUUUCACCGGGAAGAAGGCUUUCGAGUGGUUUGAAGAUGUCUCCGAUGAUUGGAGAUUCUUCGGGUAAGAAGAAGAUGGCUGCAAUUGCUGCCGGAAUCUCUAAAGUGUCCGAAGCUCUCGUCGGAUCGUCAGCUAAGUAUGGUAACCGUAAGAAUUGGGAUGAACAAGUUGCUUCUGAUGGAAAUGCUCAAACUGAGCAGAAGGAGAAAGGCUGUGUUAAGAUUAAACCAGAUCAUCAAGCGAUUUUGCGUACUCAGGCUGCUAUGUCGAGACGGCUCAGUGAUGCGAAUAGGCGAAAAAGUGAUUCUUCGGGAUGUGAAGAGAAAGCGAAGUCGUGUUCGUCAGAGGGUAGUUUAGUAGAAGAAGUUUCAGCACUUGACGGACUUGGCAUCACUUAUCAUGAUCGGAAAUGGACAGAUGGUAGUGUUCCAUUAGAUAACAUCUCAGAGGAACUUGCAAAACUUGUAAAGGAAGCUAUGCAAAGAAGAAACUUUGCUGCUAAAGCUGCAGCUCGAGCAUUGGAGGAAGCCAAUGCCAAUGAGUGCAUCAUUAGAUGUUUAAGUAAAUUUUCGGAACUUUCUUCGGCAUCUAAAGUGGAGAAUCCGUUGCGAAUCAUCAACCAAUUUCUGACAAUAUAUGAACACGUCAUGAAUUACAAUCAGAUGGCCAACUCCACAGCUAGUGAGAACAGUUUAUGCUCAUCAUCUGAUCAACAAAACCCAAUCUCUCUUUGGGUUGAAGCUGCAUUAGCUACUAACCUCGACGUGGUUUCACUGGUGAAAGGCCGGAAUAACAACGAAUCACCAUUGUCUGUGAAGAAAUCAAUGCCUACUCACCUCUCUCCCAGACCCUCCACAAAGACAGACAACAUUGUUGGUAUGUGGACAGACAUAGAUGGGUUGAAGGAAACGGCUAAAUUCGCGGUGAACCUACAAUCCGAGAUGCAAACAUGGUUCAUUGGGUUUGUGGAUGAGUCGUUAGACAACAAAAACGCAGCGGCACGGCCUCUAGACGGUAGUUCUAUAGCUGCUGUUCUGUCUCAGCUGAAACAGGUCAAUGAGUGGUUGGACCGGGUUGUCUCGUCGCAACAAGACCGAGAAAAUCAGAUCGCCACAAUGGACAAGAUCGAGAGGCUGAAACGCAAAAUCUAUGGAUUCGUAAUCCACCACGUCGGAUCGACUUAUGACAAGUCUGCUUCCUCUUCUUGA